UAGAUUCCCGGCGUACUACCGGAAACGGAAGUGAGUUUGCGAACAAAACAGUCGAAGUUUGUAAUCGCUCCGAUUUUAAGUUUUCGUUCGCUUUUAUACUCCUUUGUGUUCUCGAUAAUGUGUAUCCAGUCACAUUAACGGUUGAAUUGAUAUAAUUAUUUUGCAAUGUCCAAAGAAAAGCGCCACAGGAGAAAGGACUCUCCGGAACGAGAGUCCAAAGUUAAGACGAACCAGGAGAAACAGAGCCCUGUUAGGCCACAGAGAUCACGCCGGUCGAGGUCGAGAUCCAGCGGUAACUCCAGUCCACAGAGGAGAAGGACAAGCAGGUCACCUGCCAGGAUGAGGGACCGCUCACCAGGUAGAAGAGUGUCGUCUCCCGCCAGACGAGGAAGCAGAUCUCCAAGAAACCGGCGAAGUCGCAGUCCCCAUCGUGGUGCUGAUGUCAAAAUUAAGAGGGAGCGGGAUGAGCCUCGAGUCAGUGGUGAUGAGCGGAGGAGAAGAAACGACCAGCCAGAGGAGAGGCAGAGCAGGUGGGAAUCAGACAGACCACGGCAGAGAGACCGUGGUGGAGACAGACACAGAGAACGAGAUGCACGUGCUUCCCAGCAAGCUGAGCGACAGCAGCACAAUGAGCGGCGCAGAGAGAACCGACAGCAACGUAAAGAAAACCAAGAGCAUGAUUUUGGAGAGUCUGAAGGAGAGAGAAAUGGCACAAAUGAUCCUCCUGUUGAGAAGGAGAGGCCCAACUUUGAACUGUCAGGGGCACUCACAGAAGAUACCAACACAUUCCGAGGGGUGGUGAUCAAGUACAACGAGCCACCCGAGGCUCGCAUUCCUAAGCGAAGAUGGCGACUGUACCCCUUCAAAAAUGACGAACCCCUUCCAGUCAUGUAUAUUCACAGACAGAGUGCUUAUUUAUUGGGGCGGCAGAGAAGAAUUGCUGACAUCCCCAUUGACCACCCAUCAUGCUCCAAGCAACAUGCAGUAUUGCAGUAUAGACUGGCAGAGUUUACACGCGCAGAUGGCACCACUGGCCGCAGGGUAAGGCCUUACAUCAUUGACCUGGGUUCGGGCAACGGCACCUACCUGAACAACCAGUGGAUUGAGCCCCAGCGCUAUUACGAGCUCAAAGAAAAAGAUGUUCUCAAGUUUGGCUUCAGUAGCCGCGAGUACGUCCUCCUGCAUGAGUUCUCAGACACAAGCGAGGUGGAUGCCAAACAGGAAGAAGAGGACGAGGGCCUCGAUGAGUAAAUCGUUCCCAUACUCUAUAUUGCCUACGUUGAUUCAGGAAACGGCACCUAUCUGGACAACCAGCGGAUCAAGCCCCAGCACUAUUACCAGCUCAAAAAAAAAACAAAGAUGUUCUCAAGUCUGGCUUCAUUGCGGUGAGUACUUGUCAGACACAGAUGAGGAGAACGCCAAACAGGAAGAGGAUGACGACAGCCUCUGAGUAAAUUGUUCCUAUAAACUGUACUGCCUACAUUCUGUUAGGUAUAAAAACAUAAUCAUCAGCGGUCAAGACAUGGAACAAUGAAUUGAGCUGGUAAACGAAUGACUUUAAUAUUUAAACAAGGCUGGUUUGUAUAUUCUGAAAUUAUUGAACUAUUGCUUAGACCUGCCACAGCUGUCUCAGAGAAGACUUCCUAUUCUCAGGUUUGUGUAAUGUCUGUGUGAUGCAUUACUGAUCUUUCAUCUGACAGUACUCGUCAUAAAAAAGUGCCCAGUGCCAGGUAAUGAUAUCCUGCUUAAUGCAACAGUUAAUUAUAUAUUUUUGGAUCACAGCACUGAGUACAAAGUAUAGCUGAAGACUAAUCUUGUGUCUAAGUCCAGGCUGUAUCCAGUAUGUCAGUGUGCAUGUUAAUGUAGAAUGUGAAUUUUAGAUUCACAAAUGUUUUUUGGUUUUUUUUUUUUUUUUUUUUGCUUUGUAGUGCAGAGAAAAUAGCUAAUGCUGUUGUUUCCUUGCACCAAUGCAUACUGCAUAUAUAAACGCUUUUUCACCUGUGCACAGGCAAACAGCAUCCAUAGCAAAUUUCUUUUUUUGUACUGUAAAUAAAGAGCAAAAUUUCUGUUGUCUAAAGCGACUUACUGUAAACACCUCAUAAGAUCUGUGUAUUUUUUAUUUGUACUUUAUAUGCUGUUACAUACACUAUACCAUAGAUAUCAGAAGUGAAUACUAAUAAGCAUUAUAGGUAUCAUUUGUUUGAUAGGGGUGCAUUUAUUAUUCUUAUUUUCAGACGGAUCUACUUUUUCUUUGAUAGUGUUUAUUUAUUGACGAGGCAUUUAUUUCUGUGCAAA